AUGAACUCUACCUUGGAUGGUAAUCAGAGCAGCCGCCCUUUUUGCCUCUUGACAUUUGGCUAUUUGGAAACUGUCAAUUUUUGCCUUUUGGAAGUAUUUAUUAUUGUCUUUCUCACCGUAUUGAUUAUUUCUGGCAACAUCAUUGUGAUUUUUGUAUUUCACUGUGCACCUUUGUUGAACCACCAUACUACAAGUUAUUUUAUUCAGACUAUGGCAUAUGCUGACCUCUUGGUUGGGGUAAGCUGCUUGGUCCCUUCUUUAUCACUCCUCCACUACUCGCUUCCAGUAGAGGAGUCUUUGACUUGCCAGGCAUUUGGGUUUGUAGUAUCAGUUCUAAAGAGUGUCUCCAUGGCCUCUCUGGCCUGUAUCAGCAUCGAUAGAUAUAUUGCCAUCACUAAACCUUUAACCUAUAAUACUCUGGUCACGCCUUGGAGACUACGCCUGUGUAUCUUCCUAAUCUGGCUAUAUUCCACCAUGGUCUUCCUGCCUUCCUUUUUCCACUGGGGCAAACCUGGAUAUCAUGGAGAUGUGUUUCAGUGGUGUGCAGAGUCCUGGCACACCGACCCCUACUUCACCCUGUUCAUCGUGAUGAUGUUAUAUGCCCCAGCAGCCCUCAUUGUGUGCUUCACCUAUUUCAACAUCUUCCGAAUCUGCCAACAGCACACAAAGGAAAUCAGCGAAAGGCAAGCCCGCUUCAGCAACCAGAGUGGGGAGACUGGGGAGGUGCAGAGCUGUUCCGAUAAGCGCUAUGCCAUGGUCCUGUUCCGAAUUACUAGUGUAUUUUACAUCCUCUGGUUGCCAUACAUCAUCUACUUCUUGUUGGAGAGCUCCACUGGCCACAGCAGCCGCUUCGCAUCCUUCUUGACCACCUGGCUUGCUAUUAGUAACAGUUUCUGCAACUGUGUCAUUUAUAGUCUCUCCAACAGUGUCUUCCAAAGGGGACUAAAGCGCCUCUCAGGGGCCAUGUGUACUUCUUGUGCAAGUCAGACCAUAGCGAAGGACCCUUACACAGUUAGGAGCAAAGACCCCCCUUGAUGGAUGCCAUAUCUGAAGUGAUUCAGAUAUUGGAUCACUGGGGGUGUGUGUGUGUCUGUCUGUCUGUGUGUUUCUGUGUCCUUUUUACCUCUUUGUAUCCCUAGCUUACUAGGAAAUCUGAGACAAACUAAUUCGACUCUGAGCAGUAGCAAACAAGUGAUCCAUCGAACAUACCUUCUAAGUUUGCAGAAAUUAUUUUCUAAAAAGUGCUUUUGAA